CAGGAAGAAUCUAACUUCACAAAACGGUACAACGUCACAUUGUUGUGUGGACGUUAAUGGCAGCGAGUGUCGGUUUUACGCGCCUUGACCUUUCUGGGCCACGUUCUAGGAAGAAGCAGAGAUUUGGAGUUAGCUAACAGGCUAACGGUAAUUAGCACUUUGCACGUCCUUUAAAUAGCUCCGGGAGCGCAGAGCUGACUGGAGCGCACGGGAGAACGUUUGCAGGAGGCAAAACCCAUCAUCAUGUCAUUUCUAUUUGACUGGAUCUACAGGGGCUUUAGUAGUGUUUUACAAUUCUUAGGUCUGUACAAGAAGACGGGGAAGCUGGUGUUCCUGGGCUUGGAUAAUGCAGGAAAAACAACAUUACUGCACAUGCUGAAAGAUGACCGACUCGGACAACAUGUGCCCACAUUACAUCCAACUUCUGAGGAGUUGACGAUCGGCGGAAUGACAUUUACUACAUUUGAUCUGGGAGGACACGUUCAGGCUCGAAGAGUAUGGAAGAACUACCUGCCAGCAGUGAACGGAGUUGUCUUCCUUGUGGACUGUGCAGAUCACGACAGACUCACAGAAUCCAAGACUGAACUCGAUGCUCUUUUAGCAGAUGAGACUAUAGUCAAUGUACCGGUGUUAGUGCUGGGUAAUAAAAUUGACCGUCCUGAGGCGAUCAGUGAAGGGGCACUGAGUGGAGUACUUGCUCUUGAUGGUCAACUCACUGGAAAGAACAACGGCUCCUCGACGGAACUCAAUGUCAGGCCACUGGAGAUUUUUAUGUGCAGUGUGUUGAAAAAACAAGGCUACGGGGAAGGUUUCAGAUGGUUAUCACAGUACAUCGAAUGAUCGAUGGAACCUUUACCACUAAGGAUUCUGACACAUAUUCACAAAGCAUGACAAAUGUUUUGCUUCUUAGUCAGUGUCAAUCAGUCCAAAUUUGGACUUCAUAUCAAUGUCAGUACCAACUUAUUUUUAUCUAAUAACAUUUAUUCAGGGUUUAAAGGUUUUGAAAGGCUUAACGUCCCGCCUUCUAAGUUCUAAGCCAGACUUGUAUGUUAAAUAUGCAGGAAUAUGCACAUAGGGAUAGGCACCAAGUCAAAACAACAUCAUGUCGCUCCACAAAGGGCAAGAACUCAGCACGUCCCACAUUAAAGCAAGGUGGCGGAAUCUGAGUCAAAUUGAAUAGCUCACUGAUUAGUGCACUGUGAACAAUGUGCUGCUCACUUUCAGUCUUUUAAGGGAAAUAGCUUGUUUAUAUUUUCUCCAGCAAUUACACGAUAACCUUUAUGUGUUUACCACAUAGGAGACGUUACAUGCUGAGAUGAAGGCAGCCAAUUCAAGCUGUGUUACGUGGAUUAAAAGAGUCUUUAUUAUCUUUCACUUAGGGAGGUUCAAAAAUGAUUUAUGCACAACUUUUAUGACUUUUCAUGGCUCCCUGGGUUUUAUUAUGUCGUGAAGGCGGUAAUAAGCCAUUGGCCUUUAAGUGCCAGGAAGCAAUAAGGUAGAACAACCAAAAGUACUGUAGCAGUAGACAGUGUACGGUAGAAUGGUAAAUAAUAUGGAUUGUCAAAGAAAUAUUAAUUAGAAUCUUUAGAGAUAAUGUAGGUAUCAGCUACAGUAGUGCUGAAGAAAAUACAAAAUAAAUCUGUUCAUUAUUUACAAAGCUGCUUGAAGCUGCAUGAUUUGAAACAGGGAUAGUUAAUAUACUUUAUGUGUUAUGAACGGGUUUACUGAUUAAGCACCCAGUAAGUGUGAGUGCGACACAGGUGAAGUCUUAAAACACUGACUGAGAGUUCACUGACAAACAUUAAUAUGCGCUUUUGUAAACAAGCAUAGACUUUACAAUGACCUUGUUCCAAGCUGGACAACGAUGAGGAACAGAAGUGUUUUUCUGUUUUCAGUAUUUCCUGGGUAAGGCGUAGAAUAUUCUGUUUGUUAAUGUAUCCACGGAUGUUUGUGACUGAGAUAUGAAGCUAUACUUGAAAAAAGAUUUCAUACAGGAAGUCCUGAGUGUUUACGAAGAUUGUAAACAAACUGCUGUUUCUUUGAUCAGUGUUCUGCACAAGUUACUAAGUUCCUUCUGUAAAUUAUUUAUAAUACAGAUGUAGAUGUGUGCACUUGUGUGCAAACUGCUGACACCAUACGCUAUUUAUGACUGAAAAGAACUUGAAUUUGUUUCAACCGAAUAAACAUCCAGACAU